AUUAAUGUAGUCAGCUCUUGAAAUUAGAACGCAAGGCAUUGCGGCUCUUCGCCUGCCCCUGUGCCGAUUUCAGGGGUUCGAUCAUAAUGUGGCGUAACAGUGGCGUACACGCCGCUCGCUAUAAAUUAUAACCUAUCUACAUGUACGCAUCUUUUAGCGCCGUUCACUAAGAGCGUGCCACACUUGCAGAGCUGCGAAAGUCUGGGCCUCGGUCUCGAGCGACCCGGCGCCCUUGUGGCAAGCUAAGGGCGCUGAUGCCAUGCUUCGCGCUUUUAAUAAGACCAGUCUUCUGAGUUUGGGCGCAAGCUCGCAAGGCCAGCCAGCGGGAAUGGGUGAAAUAGCCUCGGCCGAGGGCGCUCUGGAGCACCGGAACACCUCAGUGACGCUGAACCCGGAGGAGCGCAAUGACACGGGCGAAAUGGAGGUGGCAUCGCAGAAUGGCGGGCAACAGGGGCCUUCUGGCGGGGCUGGUGGGGCUUCGCUGCCGCUGUUCGUCACUGGCGUCAUGAUUCGAGGCCACAAAGGCGAUCUGGCUCGUUUCUUUGAGCUUCCUCCUUCAGAGAGCCUGCGUGGGGACUUCCACUGCGCGCUACGAAAGAGGGUGCUGCUGCAGGGCCGGAUGUACGUCUUCGACCACUACGUGUGCUUCUACUCGGCGGUGUUUGGCUUCGCCAAAAAGCGGAGAAUUCCUAUGCGGACCAUCAACUCCGUCAAGAAGAAGACGCACCUGGGCUUCCCAAACUCUCUCGAGAUCGACGCGGAGGAGCGCAAAGACUUCUUCACAUCGUUCCUGUCGCGCGAGGAGGCAUUCCAGCUCAUCAUGAAGCUGCUGCCGGACGCCAAGCGUAUGUGCGAGGACGACAGUGUCACUGCGCGGCGGUCCACUGACACGGGGUCAGGUGUGGGCGGGCCGCGCGAGAUGGCCAGCCCGCCCCAGCGCGGCGCCGGCGGCGAGCACGGGGUCCGUGGCGGGCGGGCGGGCGGCGACCGGUCUCUCAUGACGCGCAACUCGGGGUCGAUGGUGGACGAGGGAGACGACGAGGAGGAGGAGGAAGCGGGCGUGUGGACGGUGGAGCCACGGUCCGCGCCGCCCGUGAUCGCGGGCAGCCGACACGUGCUGCACUCCGCGCUGCCCGGCUCGCCUCGGGACUUCUUUGAGACGGUGCUGGCGGACAACGCGCCCUUCUUUGAGGACUUCCUGGACAGCCAGGGCAACCGGCGCAUCAACCUGACCACGUGGAAGCGGCAUCCGCAGCUGGGCCACGUGCGCGACCUGCAGUUCACGGCGCCGAUCAAGGGCGCGUUCGGCAACUGGGGCGUCAGCCACACCGCCUGCUUCCAAUCGCACAGGUUCUGCCUGUACAGCGACGACCACAUUGUGUUUGAGAGCAGCCAGACCAUGACCGACAUCCCCUACGGCGACUGCUUCACUGUGGACCAGCGCUGGGACGUGAAGCGAGACCUCGCAGCGGACCCCGACAAGCCGCAGGUGACGUUCGACCUGCACGUGCGGGUGCCCUUCACCAGCCGCUGCCUGUUCAAGGGCGUCAUCGAGAGCGGCAGCUACAAGCAGGUGCAGGACACCUUCGCGCAGUUCAUUGACCAGCUGCGGCCGGUUAUGACGGAGCGCUUCGUGACGCGCAACACGCUCAACAUCCGCGACCCGGACGGCGGGACCAGCGCCGGCGGUGGUGGCGGCGGCACGGCGCAGACGCCACGUGUGGGCUCUGCGCCGCGCAACGCGUCCAUGGCCCGCGGCGCCACGCUGCAGCACACGCCCUCCUUGCGCACCUCCCAGACCAUGCCGCGCAACAACGCCAUGCACUCGCCGCAGCAGGCCUUCGACGCGGUCGAGGCCUCGCCGCAUGGCGACGGGCUGGCCAACGGCUCGGCCCUGGGGCUGGGCGCCGAGGGCGGCGGGCGUGGGCAUGGCGAGCCGGGCGUGGGACGGCUGCUGCUGAGCCUGGGCGGGCGGCUGGCGGACGGCGCACGCGGCAUGCUGGAGCGCGGCAUUGACGUGGUGCUCAACCUGACGCAGUGCCAGUGCACGCCGCAGAUGCGGUUCCUAGUGGCGGUGGUCAUCCUCAUGUUCCUGGCCAACCUCACCUGCAUGCUCACAUCCAUGUGGCCGCUGGGCGGCUCCCUGCCCUCCGCCUCGCCCGCGCCGCGGCUGCUGGUGCAGCAGUCGAGCGUGGGAGCACCCGGCGCCGAGUCCGGCUUCGGCCUGCCGCAGGACCUCCUACAUGCGGCGGGAGCUGCCGCCGCGGCGGGUGGUGGCGGCGGCGCCGCGGCCGGCGGGCUGGGCGACGGCGGUUUGGGCGGCAGCUACUGGCUGCAACGGCUGGGCGUGUUGCAGCAGGAGCUGCAGCUGCUGCAGGGCCGCCUGGAGUUCGUGACGCGCGAGGUGAACGUGGUCAUGUCGCACUUGGCGCAGGCGGGCGCGGCUGCGGCUGCGGCGGCAGCAGGCGCGCCGGGCGGUGAAGGCGCCACGGCAACGGCGGCGGCAGGCGGGCCAGUAGGCCAAGAGCUCUGAGCCUAGGAGGCGUAAGCCGCGAGUGGAGGGACGGGAGGCCAUGUGUGUUGUGCAUUGGUGCAUAGUUGCGGAUUGCGGCAACGCUGCCGCUCUGACCUCCCGUGGGCGGGUUGUGCGCUGAUUUGCUGUCUAUAGUCUGCAGUACUGUUUACUGUACGUCAUUGCUGUUUUAAUCCGGUUCCAAGUUCAUCAAGCCAACCGGCCUGCUGGCAUAGGCAGCCACGGUGAAGGCACAAGGCGGCAGGGGCGUUGGUGCUCGCGGCAUAUGAGAUUGACAAGCGACACACUCGCUACUGCCUGGCUGGACGGGUCCGCCCGAUGCGGCGGCAGCGGCCACUUCAUCUACCCAACAGCAGUAGAAUAGCUGGUUGGGCAUCUGGCUGUGAUGAUGGGAACGGGGAGCCCACUUCGGGGACAGGUUCGAUUGAUGGUAUUAGGGCCCUGUGAGAGCUACCCGGGUGCGUCAGUGCUGUGCAGUGCUAGUGCGAGUUAGUGCGUCAGUGCUCUAGUUAAUGAUUGGAUCCUUAACAUUUCUGCUGCCGGUUUCCAUUUGCGUCGUCAUACUACGCCCACGGUAGGGGCAAACACAGAAGCCGUACAUAGGAUGUUGGCAAUGAAUUGUGCGGAAGCUUGAGGCUGGGCGAGGUGGCUUAGAUUAUGUGUGCUGGCGCUGAUUGGGCUGUGCGCCUGUGCCUCAUGCGCUCAAGUGGCUGCAUCCAAACCGCUCAUGUGUGUAUGAAAGGCGCUUUCAUGGUUCAUAACUAGCUUCCCUCACUAGCGGGGGGACACGCUCUGCGGAGGCAUCUUGCCCUGACUACGGGACAUGACUAUGGGCUCUCGCCAUCAUCGCCGCAUGAAUUCUUGGGGGCUGCGAGCGGGCGCCGCCCGCAUCAUGUGACUAGUAUUAAUGACGUGACGUAAAGCAUGACGACUUCCAUGUGCACUGCAAGUAGCAAUCACUGGAGAGACCGCGCCACCUCUUCAUUGUUGCGGACGCUGCACACCUGUAAAACACCGCUGAUGUUCCGACAUCACCUGGCGCGCUGUAACGCCUAGGCUUG